AUGCUUAAUUUUAUUGUUAAUACAACUCUAUCAGAAGGAUUUAAUGAUUUUGAUAGUAAAUUAACUAAUAAAUUUAAUAAUAUAAAUCAUAAAAAUAAAUAUGAUAAAAUAAUUUCUAGUAAAUAUUCAGAUAUUUCUUUAGGAAAUAAAAGUAAAAUAACUUUUUUCGAAUUAAGUAAGAAAAAAAAAAAAAAAAAAAGAAAAUAUUAUGAUGAUGAAAAUAAUGAUUAUGAUUCCAGUCCUUCAUAUGACGAAAAUAGUAAUGAUGAUGAGUAUGAAAGUGUUCCUAAAAAAAAAAAAUUUUCUUCAUUUAAUUUUUUAAGAAAAUAUAAGUUAUAUAAUAAUGAUGAUAAUGAUAACAAUGAAGAUGAGGACGAUGGUGAAUAUAACCAUAGAAGGAGUAAAAAGCAUAAACAUAGAAAAAAAAAAUUUCAAAAUUAUAUUUUAGAUGAUGGAAACAGCAAUGGAAUAAAUAAUAACAAUAAUAUGAAUAAUAAUAAUAUGAAUAACAAUAAUAACAUGAAUAACAACAAUAACAUGAAUAACAAUAAUAAUAUGAAUAACAAUAAUAAUAUGAAUAACAAUAAUUAUAUGAAUAACAAUAAUAAUAUGAAUAACAAUAAUAAUAUGAAUAACAAUAAUAAUAUGAAUAACAAUAAUAAUAUGAAUAACAACAAUAAUAUGAAUAACAACAAUAAUAUGAAUAACAAUAAUAAUAUGAAUAACAACAAUAAUAUGAAUAACAACAAUAAUAUGAAUAACAACAAUAAUAUGAAUAACAACAAUAAUAUGAAUAACAAUAAUAAUAUGAAUAACAACAACAGUAAUAAUAAAGACAUUUCUAAUAUUAAUGCUGCUUAUGCAAGUAAUGGUAAUAAUGUCAAUAAAGGAAAUGAAUCAAAUUCCCAAAUGUAUGGGAAUGUUGCAACAGGAGUUAUAGUGACAGAUCCCUUAGAAGGAAAUAGUAAUUCUGAUUAUUCAAAAUUAAUAAGUAACAAUCUUAAAUUCAAUACAAAUGAAAUGAUAUGUAAUUCAAUUAAUUGUAAUGGCUUAUCUAACUCAGCUAAUGAAAAAAUAUCUUUAAGUGAUUGCACAAAUAUAGCAUAUUGCAGUAAUUGCAUAAUUUUAAAUAGCCCCAAAGAACAAUGUGAUAAAAUUAAAAAUUUAAACACAGAAAAUAUUCUUAUAUCUUCAGGUUUCAUUGAUUCAACAAAUUUAUAUAAUAAAAAUAAUGUAAUAAAUAUACCCUUUAACUGGUCUAACCCUUUAUUCGACUUCUCUAAAUGUAUACCUGAUGUAAAUAAAUUCAAACUAGCUUCUAAACAAUUUUUAAGUAAAGAUAAAAAUAUAGUAUCAAAAUAUUUGUUCAGACUAGCUAAUUUAUAUGUAUAUGCUACAAAGAUAAUAGAAGAUAAUAAUUCUAAUCCUUUAAAAAUAACUAUUAAAUUUAAUAAUAUUAACAUCGAUUCGUUAAAGCAAACUGAGCAUUUAAAGAAUGAAUAUAACUCAGUUUUGCCAUGCCCUUUGAAUAUUUUUAAUGUCACAUCAUUUAAUAUACAUUUAACUCAAUCUUUAGUAUUUUAUCAACGUUUAUUUAUUCCAGAAACCAAUCUUUCAAUAGACAGCAAAAACUUAAGUAUUGAAAUAACAAAUGAUCAAGGAUAUAAUGUAAGUAAUUACUUUUUUUAUGCAAAGAUUGAUUGUCCCAAAACAAAUGAUGCAAUAGAAAAGGAAGUAAAAGAUUCAGAACCAUCUCAAUAUAAUUUACAAGCUACUGUUGAGAAUAAUAAAAAUGAAAAAGAAAAAAAUUUACAUGCAAGUAAUAUUGGAACUUUCGAAAUUCUAAAAAAUGAUAGUUUAAAUGAUUUUAAAAAACAUUCAUACACAUAUAAAAAUGCUAUAAGUUAUUUUAUUUCUUUAAUUUGUAUAACUUUUUAUUUUACUUUUAUAAGUUAG